AGGGGGAAAAAAUGGCGCCCCCCACUCACCCCGCGUACUAGCAAAAAAACAAUCCAUAAUAUCACAUGUGAAUUGGCAGUCAUUCUGUUCAGUGCAUGUAAGAGCCACAUAAGCAGAACUGUUUUUAUCUUCAUGUGGGGUAUGUUGCCUAGCUAGUAAAGUACGUGGACGAGUCUGCGUCCUACAUAACGAAACAAGAGACCAUACGAGCACAAAAGAUGCCUGCUUUCCGUCAAGUCGGGGAGAAGCAGCUCCCCAACCCCCUUCUGUGUAUGGCAUGGUCGCCCAAAAGAGACCUUAUCGCUCUGGCCAGCACAACUGGAGAGCUUUUGCUGCAUCGCUUGGUUAGUUUCCAGCGGGUUUGGAGCUUGCCGCCCAGCGAGUAUAUCGGAAAGAAGAUCACUGCACUCGCCUGGAGACCCGAUGGCAAGAUUUUGGCCUUCAGCCUGGGAGAUACAAAGCAGGUGGUCUUGUGCGGUGUGGAGAAAGCAGAGGUUCUGCACGUGCUCCACGUGCAGAACCCUGUGAGCUGCAUGCACUGGAUGGAGGUGACGGAAGAAAGCAGUGCUCUCGGCUCCUUUUGUCAAUCAGAGGAUGAAUCCAAACGCUUUCUACCCAAAUUAGCAUCGCUGCCCAAGAGCUACAGCACAACGUCAAUGCUUUUCAGUGAGGAAAAGUCUGACGAGAUCAUGAACCUACUGGGAGAAGUCAGGCUGAACAUACUUGUUCUUGGAGGAGAGGCAGGAAAUGUGGAGCUUUAUGCCUAUGGCAUGUACAAGGUUGCAUCUUUUGCCGCAGUUUCAGGGAGCUGCCGCAGCCUCAGUCUGGCCAGCGACCUCAAGUCUCUGGUUGUCAUCACUGAGGUCAAGUCUGCUGAGGACCAUGCAGAGAUCUGCUUUGUCCAGUUGGACACGGGCCCACUGUCCGACUGCCUGCCCGAGCUCACCAGGAUGGCGCGCAAGUUCACCCACAUCUCCACCCUGUUGCAGUACCUGCAUCUGUCGCUUGCAUGCAUGUGUGAGGCAUGGGAGGAGAUCCUCAUGCAGAUGGACCUCAGGCUCACCAAGUUUGUGCAGGAAAAAAACACAAGCACUCAGGUGCAAGACGAGUUUCUGGAGCUUCUCCUGUGGGGACAGUCCAGCCCUGAACUGCAAGCUCUUCUGGUGAACCAGCUGACUGUCAAGGGCCUGAAGAAACUGGGCCAGACCAUCGAGUCGUCUUACUCCAGCAUCCAGAAGCUGGUGAUCAGCCAUCUGCAGAGUGGCUCAGAGGCGCUUCUCUAUCACCUGAGUGAGGUGAAGGGCAUGUCGCUGUGGAAGAAGAAGUUUGAACCACUCGGUCUCGAUUCAUUCACUAUAGAAGAUGCCAUCACGGCCGUGGGCUCCUUUUCCUUGAAAACCAGCGAACUUCUGCAGGUUAUAGACAAGAGCAUGAAAAACUUUAAAGCUUUUUUUCGCUGGCUGUAUGUAGCGAUGCUGAGAAUGUGUGAUGAGCACGUCCCCCCAGAGCUCAACAAGAUGACCCAGAAGGACAUUUCCUUUGUGGCAGAUUUCCUGUCAGAGCAUUUCAGCGAGAAUGAACAACUCUUUGAUCGGAAAGGAAAGUACUUCAAUGUCGAACGUGUUGGUCAGUACCUUAAGGACGAGGAUGAGGACCUUGUUUCCCCGCCCAGUACCAAGGGGAACCAGUGGGUGAAGUUUUUACAGGACAGCACGCACAUGAAGGAAAGCCCUCUGCUGUUUCCUUCAUUUCCUCAAAAGUCUUUGCACUUUGUCAGGAGGUUGAUGGAGGACUCCAUCCAGCUGUGCCUGCAGAAACCUGCAGAGGUCAUCGGGAAGUCUGUCAAACAGGCCGUCUUUCUACCCUUGUACACUGCACCAGCAAGCCUUGAAAACGCACCAACACUUCUUCAGCUUCCGGCCCUGUGGAAUGACAAGAAGGCCAGCAUGCACUACGUUGUGUUCUGCAUGCCAAAACUAUCACCGCACAAGCUUUACCUUCUCCGCAAAGGAAGCGACCCAAACAGGUGCAACUCUCCGCCUUUCUCUGCAUUUUCUUUGUACUUUUUCUUUCUUAACGUGUGUGUGUGUGUGUGUGUGUGUGUGUGUGUGUGUGAGACACGCUGCCGCAGACACAUCCCGAGCUGUGUCACAUCCAUGGACCUGAAUCAGCAUCUAGAUGUGGCGGACGGCGAGAGCGUGGAAGCCCGACCGCAUCGUGUCUACAGCUGCCUGGAUGUUCGAUUCUAUAGCGAUGACAUGCUGACUGUGGUCCUCCAGGGAGAAGAAGAGAACAGCCACAGUGUCCUGGCCCAGCUUCCUCUCACUUCAUCUCUAAAAUGCGAGAGUGAGUUUAGCUGGAAUCCCCAUAUGAGGUUGGACCAGCAGAGCGGUGCCAUACCCUGCCAAGGCCUGGUGCUGGGGAAUCAGUGGCGUGAACUCGAAGGCAUGAAGGCCCAGUUUGUAGAGGUCAAUGGAAUCCGAGAAGUGGCGUGUGUGUUGAGUGAAAAUCUGAGGCACCUCCGCGUUUUCGAGAUGGACGUUGAAGACGAAGACGAUGAGGGAGUCGAGCAGCAGAACGCCAGUGCCGACCAGGACGUGCUGGAAGCUUCCACGGCCAGCCAUGGAGAGUGGAGUGCAGAAGCCGGCCAAGACGAGGAGCUUGGAAAAAGUGACGAGCGUUUGGAGUCGGACGAAGCUUCUGAGUUGUAGUUAGACUCCAGCCGGGAACUUACCAACUCUGUCCUCUUUUUGUUCUGAAAAUAAAGAUAGAGUGUAACCUCA